AUGCCACCUGGGCAAGCCACUAAGAGGAGGUCGACAACCUCAAUGUCAGAGGCAAACCUGGUUGAGCUCCCAGCUAUAUCUCCUGUGGAUGCAUUUGCAAGUCUAUCUCCUGUGGAUGCAUCUCCAUCUUCGCAAACAGUUGAUAUUGGUCCAUCUGUAAAGCGAGUACGAGGUCCAACUAGGGGUAAGAACAGUAGUAGACUCAUCAACCAACAUGGUGGGAAGAAGCUUUUUGUUGGAGUUUCUAUUGAGAGGAGGACAUUUGUGGGGCUUAAUGCCACCAAGGCCGCUAACGAAUUGGGGGCACAAAUUCGAUUGCAAGCCCCAUUGCAAGGAACAAAAAAUUGGGAGGACGUUCCACCAGUCAUUCGAGCAGCUAUUGUACAAUCCUUGCGGGAUAAGUUUGAGAUUGAAGGAUAUGAUGAGAGUCCACUUCCACAAGAAAUCAUUGACACAAAGGCCACACAUUUUUUCAAAGGCUGGCGAUAUCAUAUGCAUGAACAUUACAAAGAGUUGGUGAAAGAAGGUACAGAUCCUUAUAGUAAACCAUUUGUUGGGGUGAGCGAAGAAGAUUGGAGAUACAUGAUUGAUGAAGUGUUUCUUGGUGACACACACAAGAAACGGUCAACAAGAAAUAUAGCCAACAGGAAAAAGUUACCCUAUAAUCACACCAUGGGUUCAAGGUCAUUUUCAGCAGCAAUCUCAAUUGAGGGAAUUGAAACUGGAAAGGAGCCUCACAUUGUAGAUUUUUUCAAGACCUCACAUUGGAGUAAAAAAAAAAAAGAUUGGAUUGAACCAGUUUGUGCGGAGUUAUAUGAAAAGAUGGACCAACUUCAUGAGGAAUCUUCACAGCAUGGAGCAACCCCGCUAACACAGGAGGAAAUUACUGUUCAAGUCCUUGGGAAGCGUUCAGGGUAUUUGAGAGGUUUCAGGGUUGGUCUAAAGCCGUCUUAUGCAUUCAAUUCUACAACUAGGUCACAAGCACGUGAUGAAGAGGUUAAGGGCCUUAAAGAAGAGGUAGCAUCACUGAAAGGGAUAAUUCAAUCAUAUGAAGGAUGCUUUGAACAGUUUGAACACUUUAUGAGACAAAUGCAGGGCAAUGGUAGUGGAUACGACUCUUUUGAUGAGUAA